UGGAACACACCACAAUUUUCCACCGCUCCAAGUAUUUUGUUUAUUAUUUUGUUAUGGACUUGAACGGUGAUCAAAGUGCAAUUAGAUAAGCACACUGUUGCGUUGCGUAAAGAAGCAAGGGAUUGUAUUUUGCCAUAAUGUCGGGCUUCGGCAAGUUUGGUCCACUUGUGGGAGCGAUUGACGAAGGAACAUCCAGUGCAAGGUUUAUUAUAUUCAAAGCAAAUUCUUGUGAUGUGGUUGCCACACACCAGAAAGAGUUGGAGCAGAUAUUCCCUCAGGAAGGAUGGGUGGAACAGGACCCCAUGGCUAUAUUAGAAGUGGUGGUUACGUGUGUAAACAAGGCUGUGGAGAAAUUAAUAGCUCUAGGAGGAAGUCCCAAGGACAUCAUAGCAGUUGGGGUAACAAACCAGAGAGAAACAACAAUAGUGUGGGACAGAACAACAGGAAAACCUCUACACAAUGCGAUAGUGUGGCUGGACAUGAGAACUUCAUCUACAAUAGACAAGCUAUUAGAAAUGGUGCCAAACAAAACUAUGAACAAGAAUUAUUUGAAGCCGCUCUGUGGACUACCAAUGUCUCCAUACUUCAGUGCGGUGAAGCUACGAUGGCUGAGCGACAAUGUGGAGUCAGUGCAAGUGGCAAUGAAAAAUGGAACAUGUUGCUUCGGAACUGUUGACAGUUGGAUCAUCUGGAAUUUGACAGGCGGCGCGGCGGGCGGGGUACAUAUAACUGACGUGUCGAAUGCUUCCAGGACCAUGCUGAUGAAUAUACAGACGCUCAAGUGGGAGCCGCUCCUGCUCAAGUUCUUUGAGGUGCCCCGGGCCGUGUUGCCCGAGAUUAAGUCUAGCUCCGAGAUAUACGGUCGCAUAUCAUCGGGUCCGCUGCAGGGAGUGCCACUGUCAGGUUGUCUGGGCGACCAGCAAGCGGCGCUAGUCGGUCAGAUGUGUCUACAGAAGGGACAGGCGAAAGCUACAUACGGUACAGGAUGUUUCGUGUUAUACAACACGGGAGACAAGCGAGUGGACUCCAGUCGGGGUCUGCUAACUACAGUGGCUUACCAACUCGGUGCGAAUACUCCACCGUGCUAUGCGUUGGAGGGGUCGGUGGCUAUAGCGGGGGCGGCGCUAGGUUGGCUUCGCGACAACAUGGGUCUGAUAGAGAGCGCCAGCGACUCGCAGGCGAUAGCCGAGACCGCCACCGACAAUGGCAGCGUAGUAUUCGUGCCGGCUUUCAGCGGGCUAUAUGCGCCGUAUUGGCGGCAAGACGCUAGAGGUGUAAUUUGCGGCAUAACAGAGGACACGAAAUCUAACCACAUAAUAAAAGCGGCGUUAGAGGCGGUGUGCUAUCAAGUUAGAGAUAUAUUGGACGCUAUGAACGAGGACUGUGGGAUACCACUGCAAGUUUUAAAGGUCGACGGAGGAAUGACAUACAAUGCCCUCGUGAUGCAGAUGCAAUCGGACCUAAUAGGUAUAGAGGUGGUUCGAGCCGGUUUCACAGAGAGUACGGCGCUCGGCGCGGCCCUUGUGGCAUACUGGGGCUUGGAACAAUCCGAACAAAAUUUGGAAAACCACAGUAAGAGCAUCAAAAUCGCUACAGGUACCACUUACACCCCCAAAAUAUCAGAGGACGAAAGAGACAUGAGAUACAAGCAGUGGAAGAUGGCCGUAGAGAGGUCCUUGGGAUGGGAGCAGAAUUAAGUGUCUCCUUUUCAACUGCCCUACUUUUGGGGCGAUUUGACGGUGAGGAUCGAUUCACAUUGCGACGCGACGAUACAAUGCGAUGCAUCGUAAAAUUAAUCAUACAAAACUGAACUUUAUUGACUAGACACAGAUAUACACAUUGGAUUGACAGACUUGUCGCUUGCAGUCAGGCUGCGUUUUGCAAAUUUUAAGUCAUUUUAAAUGCAUCGCAACAUCUUGUGACGUAGCAAUGUGAAUUGACCCUAAAAUAUAUCACAGUAAAAUAUUUUGACGUUGGUUCUAGGCAUUUGUUUCUCGUCUGUUGCACUGUGUCAAAAGUAAACAAAAUUGUAUAAUUCGUAUAAGGUGAAACGUACUUAAAGUCAAAUAAAAGUCUAUUUUUAUCUUAUCGACGUUCAUAUUAAUGGAAGUGUUUUGUGAGAUGAAAGGCUUCAAUAAUUCUUCCUUUGGUCGAAAAGGAUUAAAUCUUUUUUUGGUCAAAGAGUAUCUGGACUAUAAUAUUUUUAUUAAAAAUAUUCUAAAUACUAUGGUAUCUCUGAUUCAUAAAUGAAAGGUUUAAUACCCCUGCUAGUUUCUUGAUGUGACAUAACGCUUUGCUACCGCCAUGACACUUACUCCGCGUUCCAUUUAAUGUUAAAAGCGACCAAAACGCUCAAAGU